AUGUCAGCUAACGAGAAUAAUAUUCCAGCGUCAACCUCAAUCGAAAUUAUAUGGAAGUUUUUGGAAGAAGGAAUAGACCAGAUCAUGAGUAAACUAGAGCAAGGGUUGAACUAUAAAAAAUAUAUGGAAUUGUAUACGUAUCCUUUUGCUAAAGGAUUGAGUCCAGUUGUAACGAAAUGUGCAAGAUCAAAGGGAGGCGAUUUAUAUAGUCGUCUUCAAGAUUAUUUCGAAAGAUAUCUUGAUAAAAUCAGAAAGGACUCGGUACAAUAUACAGAUGAGAAUUUAUUACGACAUUAUGCGAAACAAUGGGAGAGAUACAAAGCGGCAUCGACUUAUAUAAACCAUGUAUUCAGAUUUCUUAACCGUCAUUGGGUGAGACACAAAAUCGAUGAGGGUCACAAUAUAUAUGACGUCUACACGCUUGCCAUUAUCUGCUGGCGUGAGAGCGUGUUCAACCACGUUCAGCAUCAGAUGACAACAGCCGUGUUAAAAUUAAUCGAGAAAGAGAGAAACGGCGAGAUGGUUGACGUUAGGUUAAUAAAAUCUGUUAUAGGUUCAUACGUUUCUCUUGGACCAGAUAGUGACUCACUUGAAGUAUACAAAUCACACUUUGAACUACCAUUCAUCGAGGCCAGCCAAGUAUAUUAUAAAGCUGAAGCAGGGAAGUUACUCGAGAAACAUAGUAUCACAGAUUACAUGAAAAGAGUCGAGACAAUAUUAUCUGAAGAGCGAGAUCGUGUUGUGUCAUACUUGAAUCCAAAUACCGAAAAACCGCUUCUUAAUGCUUGCGAAGAUAUACUCAUUAAAGAACACAUGAAUAGUAUGUGGACGGAAUUUCAGAAUUUACUCGACAUGAAUAAGCUUGAUGAUUUGCGCAUAAUGUAUUCUUUUCUGUCGCGAAUUCCAGGAGGUUUAAAUCCAUUAUGCACGCAAUUUGAAGAAUAUAUGCGAAAACAAAUGCGCCCUGGAAUGACCGAGACGACCCUAAUUCAAGUUUAUACAAAAAAUUCCGAAAUAGUGCGGAUAGUCUUUCGUGGGGAUGAAGAGUUUGUUGCUUCGUUGGACAAGGCGUGUCGUGAAUACCGCAAGUAA